AUGGAAAAUCACACAGUUACCACUGAAUUCCUCUUGCUGGGAUUCGGGGAGCUUCACCAUCUUCAGAUUCUUCUUUUCCUGCUGUUUCUACUGAUCUACAUUGUGACCAUUACUGGGAAUCUCCUCAUCAUUCUUCUAGUUGUGGCUAAUCAGCACCUGCACACCCCAAUGUACUUUUUCAUAGGAAACCUAUCCUGCUUAGAAACCUGCUACAGUUCAACCCUCCUACCUAGACUACUAGUCAGUUUCCUUAAUGGGGACAGAACCAUUUCUGUUAGUGGCUGCAUAGCACAAUUUUAUUUCUUUGGCUGCUUGGCAGGAACUGAAUGUUUUCUGUUAUCAGCCAUGUCUUACGAUCGGUAUUCAGCGAUAUGCAGUCCUCUCCAAUAUCCACAUCUCAUGAAUAACAAGAUGUGUUUUAUUUUAGCUUCCAGUUCUUGGAUCGGUGGCUUUGCGGUGAACACAGUCAUAGUAUCUUUCAUGUCCCAAUUAACUUUUUGUGGGCCCAAUGAAAUUGACCAUUUCUUUUGUGAUUUUGCUCCACUGAUGAAGCUUUCAUGCAGUGACACAUCCCUGAUUACAUUAGUUGAUCUCUUAUUCUCUACAGUCUGUGCUCUUCCUCCUUUUCUUUUAACCCUGACUUCCUACAUUUGUAUCAUUGCUACUAUUUUAAGGAUCCCAUCAACCUUAGGCAGACAAAAAGCAUUUUCGACUUGCUCUUCUCAUCUGAUUGUGGUGACAUCAUUCUUUGGGACUCUGAUUUUGGUGUAUAUUGUGCCAUCCUCACCUUCAACUUCGGACAUUAAGAAAAUCUUCUCGGUUUUCUACACUGUUUUAACACCGCUGGUUAACCCUCUUGUCUAUAGCUUCAGAAAUAAAGAAGUGAAUGCUGCCUUCAAGAAAUUCACUAGUAAAUACUUUCACUUCCAAAAAAACUGA